AUGGCUGUUGGAUACAUGUGCUGGAUGAUUUUGUGUCACGCAGACUGGCCGCAAACACUCUAUAGUAUUGCCCCUCGAGGAGCGCCGGGCCGCGGCAACAGCGGCCGCCGCAAGGGUGGCGGCGGCGGCGGCGGCAACCAGAAGGGGAGAGGGGGUGGCGCGAAGGCUGGAGGCGGCAGCGGAGGCGGCGACGACGAUGCGGGUAGCAUGCGCGGUCGCUGUUUCCGGUGCGGUAAGAAGGGCCACCAGGUGGCCAACUGCCCCGAGAGCAAGCCCGUGCGAUGUGAGACAUGCAAGGGCUACGGCCACGACAAGAGCAAGUGCCCGACCGAAGAGGCGGUGCUCGUGGUGGAAGUGCCGGCGGGGAGGGCGUCUGCGGACGCCACAGCACUGGACGUGGCAGAAGAAGCGCUGGUGGUCGGUGACAUCUCAGGCGAGUGUCACAAAGUCGUUGGUCGAGGGGGUGUAGAGCAGGCUAGGCGGGGUAGGUAUGUUGCCGAUACCGGCGCUACCACCCACAUGUUCGCGAACUCAGAUGGGUUCGUUCGUUACGAAGAGUGUGAUCGACGUGUGCGCGUCGCCGCCGGAGAAACCUUCCCUAUCGUAGGGUAUGGCGACGUGACGGUAACCCUUAGCUCGCGCGACGGUACAACCGACCUGUUGUUGAAACGGGUUGCACACGUCCCCCGACUAGACUACAACCUAGUAUCUCUCACUUCCCUCUUCGACGACGGGUUCGAAACCAAAACCCUCAACAAACACGAGUUGGAGUUGGAGAGAGGGGGGGGGGAGGUGGUGUACUUCCCCCGAUGCGGUAACCUGUACGUCCAAAACGGUUUCCGCACACACACCGAACAUGCCUGUGCCGCAAUUGCUCCUGGCAACGCGAAAGCGCCCAGCACCCCCGUUGACAUCAACGAUUUCCACUGCGCGCACGGCCACUCCCACGAGGUGCUGCUGAGGACCACGGCGAAGCAGCAAGGGACGACGCUGGUGGGCGAGCUCCGGGAGUGCCUGGGGUGCUCGACGGCGAAGGGGCUUUCCAAGCCCAUCCCCAACAAAACGUCGACCCGAGCAGUUAAGAAACUGCAGCGAGUUUUCGUGGAUUUGAGUGGAAAAGCUAGGGUGCAGAGCUUGGGGGGAAAGUGGUACACUCUCAUUGUCAAGGAUGAUUACACAAGGUGGAACCGUGUCUAUUUCCUGAAGCACAAAUCAGACGCAGCUGAGGCAUUCGAGAGGUACCUUGCCGAAAACCGGGCAAACGGUGCCCCGUCCGAUGUCAUGGUCGUGAGAUCUGACAACGGAGGAGAGUUCUUUGAGGGAGAGUUCGGCAGGGUGUGCCGGAAGUACUGCAUCAAACAGGAGUUCACCCCCGCGCACAGCCCAGAAUACAACGGUGUAGCUGAGAGAGCACUGGGUCUGAUCAAGGAUGCAGCACUAGCCGCCCGUAUCCAAGCACCAACUCUUUACCCCGGAGCACCGAACUACCCAUCCCUUUGGGCCGAGGCCAUAGCUUGGUCAUGCAACGCCCUGAACUGCACCUCCACCACAUCCAACCCAGAGAAGAAGUCGCCGUACGAGAUGUGGCACGGGCACCCUCCCCCGCCGGGGGCGACGUACCCGUUCCUCAAACCUGCCGUAUACAAGGUCAAGCGCACACACAAGUCCGAGCCGAAAGCCCAAAAGUGUUUUUACCUCGGCCCGGGAAUCAACACCAACCGUGAUUGCGUGCGCAUCCUCAACGAAAAACGCCGAGCGAUCACAACUCGCAACUUCACCUGGCAAUCCGUGCCCGCCGCCCCCGCCGCCCUGCCCCAGUCGCUGCCUCCCAUCGAAGAGGAGGAAGAGGAAUUCGCGACUGAGGAGGACGAGGUUGGGGAGGGCGCGUCGAACCAAGGUGGAGGGAGGGCGGAGAGAGAACCUGUGGAUGGAGGACCAGGUUUCAACCUUGGCACGACGGCAGCCCCAGGGCCCGCGGGGCCGCCCGCGCGCGCAGCGCCGGCGGCACCGCCGGCCGCGCCCCAGGAGUCGGGCGCGGGCGACGCUGGCGAUGGCGCCCCCUCGAGCAGGGAGAGCGCGAGCGUCGCCCCAUCUACCACGUCGACCGGCACGGCCGAUGUGGGCGGCGGCGAGGACGACCGCCGCAGCAGCAGCAGCCGCGGUAGCGGCGGCAGCGGCGGCAGCGGCGGCGACAGCAGUAGCCGCGGUAGCGGCGGCAGUGGCAGCGACAGCAGCAGCGGUGGCAGCAGCGUCGAUGACGGCGGCAGCGACAGCAGCAGUGGCAGCGACAGCGAGACGGAUCUCCCGGCGCUCUGUGGGCCAGAGGCCCGGCGGCUCGCCCGCUUCGACAAGCCGGCGGAACUCACCAGCCGCCGCACUAGGGAGAACCCUCGCCGAAAUCCGAGGUACGAGUCGCCCCCGUCGCCGCCCACAUCGGCCCCGUCGCCGACAAGUGCCGAAGCCCUGCUCGCCUCGGUGGCGAGCCUGCCCGACAGCAGCACGGAGGAGUUCACCCGCUGGAUGCUCUCGGCAGUACUUCACGUGGCGGAGGGGCUAGAGGCGAGGGUGGUGCGAGAGUUGCUGUCCGAGCGCGCGCAGGAGGCCCACGCUGCGCGCCAAGAGGCGGAGGAUUUCCUGCUGGGUACGGUGGACCUCAUGCUCAACUCGCCAGACGCCUUCGAGACGGCUCUGGCGUCCCACGAGCUAAGUGAAUCCCCCAUAGGCAAGCGUCCGAGUGAUGUAGAAGCCCCACCCAUGACUGUAGCCGGCGUUGCCAAGUCUGUUUACCGAGAGGGGUGGGAACAGGCCAUGAGGGAAGAGUUUGAAGGGCACUUGGGCACGGGGACGUUUUCAUUCGUAGACGGUGCGCCAGAGGGGCGCAGGCCUGUGAGCUCAAAGUGGUGUUUUAGUUGGAAGACCAACAAGGAAGGGAAGAUAGACACGUUCAAAGCGCGUCUGGUUGCUAGGGGGUUUUCGCAAAUCCCGAACGUCGAUUAUUUCCAUUCGUCUUCCCCUUGCCCCUCAUCCGCAUCCAUUAAGCUGAUGCUUGCGGUAGCGAACGAGAAGGGCAUGAACCUCAAUCACUGGGAUGUGAAGCAGGCGUAUACACACGCUACGCUAGACGAGGAGGUUUUUCUGAAGCUCCCCGCUGGGUGCGGGGACAAGUCGCAUAAGAUUGCUAAGGCUGAGCGUGCGAUUUAUGGUCUGAAGCAGAGCGGUAGGCAGUGGGGGUACCACGCUGCUGAUACGCUAGUCGAGAACGGGUUCGAGCAAUGCAAGGCGGACCCGUGUGUUUUCCGCAAGAUGGUAGACGAAGUCGUGGUGAUGAUUAUCGUGAUUUAUGUGGAUGACAUUUUGGUGGCUGGGUCUGACGAGGAUUGCGAGGAGUUGCUUGCUUCUCUCAACAAGAAAUUUCCCACCAAAAACCUUGGAGAGUGUCAAUGGUUUGAUGGGUGUGCCAUCGAGAGAGAUGUAGAGGCUGGGACUCUUAGAAUCUCCCAAACCGCGUAUAUCGACAGCAUGGUUGAACGCUUCGAUGUGAAAUCAACUUCCCGCAUCCCCGCUACCCCUGGUGCCGAUCUAGGGCCGAAGCGAGAGGAUGAGGAAGGAGGGGAGUGGCCGGUGAGGGAGGCCAUCGGCAGCAUGAUGUGGGUGUCGACUUUCUCGCGUCCAGACGUCUCGUUCGCCGUGCGUGCGGUAGCGCGCCACGCCCACGCCCCGGCGAAGCGGCACUGGGAUGCCAUACAGAAGAUCCUCGGCUACCUGAAAGGGACGAGGGACCUCGGCAUCACCUACCAACGGGGAUCGGGGUUAGGGCUGGCCGUGUACGUAGACGCUAGCUACGCCGACACGGAGGAUAGGCGUUCGGUGUCAGGGUUGGCGACGACGGUUGGAGGUACCGUAGUCAGCCAUGGUAGCAAGACGCAGAGUAUCGUGUCUUUGUCUUCAACGGAAGCCGAGUACAUUGCUGCCGGGGAGGGUGUCAAGGAGGCGUUGUUUGUGCGUGCUGUGCUUUCGUUUGUCGCCCCAGAGACCAGUGGUAGCAGCAUCAAGGUCCUUGAGGACAACCAGGGGGCCAUAGCGUUGGUGCAGAACCCCCUCAGCUCAGGUCGCACGAAACACAUCGACGUGAGGUAUCAUUUCAUCCGAGGAUUGUUUAGGUCGGGGGAUAUUUCGGUCAAGUUUGUUCCGACAACGGAGCAACACGCGGACCUCCUUACCAAGGCCCUUAGCAGGGUCAGUCUGCAGUACCACCGGCGCAAGCUGAUGAAUUUGCCGGAGUAG